CUCUGUCAAUCAAUACCCACACACACCGCCCACCACUCGUUUCAUCAGCGAAGACCAACACAUCCCCAUCAAUCACAGUCUCUACAUUGUCUCUACUCACGACGUCUCAGGAAACCCAUACUGCCUUGCCCGCCCUCGCAUCGGCAUUCCCUCACUCGCAUUCUCACCCUCUGGGCCUGACUUCCAUCAACGUCAUACCUCACGACAUAGACAAACAGCAUACAGCCCUCUCCACACACUUCAGCCAACCUCGACGCGCUUCUUGCGCCCUUGCCCCUCCUCUUCCACUGCUCUGUGAUCACUUCACACAGUCAGAUCACAUCAUCGUUCCUCGGCCUCCCUUCGGCUUUUUGAUACAUGAUGGCGCUACUCUCGUCACCAAUGGGCCCGGCCAUGCGCUUCGACAUCUUCGACCAACCCAGCUCCCCAACUCGCAGACAUGAAGAGCUACCAGCAGACUUUGAUCGCUCCUUUGGAUCGAGCAUGUCCCUGGGGUCAUCUUUUGACCAGCUGCCCAGAGUGGCCUCACAACAAAGCGAUGGCCGGGCUAGCAGUGGGCAGGUGUUUGCAGACCUCCCGGUAUCCUCCUCCUCGAGCUCUCAGAGCAUCCGUGCUUCUUCCACACGGCUCGAAGCACUGCAAUCAGCAAACCCCUUUGCAUUGUCCGCUCCCAGCUCCCCCACUUCCUCGCCCUCAGCCUCGUCUCCUUCGAUGGCUACAAGGAGUAAAGCUCGUGCACGAGGGCCUCUGCCUACCUUCACCUCAUCUCCCUCUUCCUCGCGACUACCACCUUCACUCUCCGAGUCGCCCACGAUGACUCGCACUCUGGGAGCAUCGAUGGGUACAGAGCUCAGUAGCAAGUCGCCUGGUCUGGCUGCCAAAAUGAGCUCGCCCCACUACAUGGACUUUUCGCCGACCAAUCCACUCGCGUCCUCAUCAAAGCCUUCUGGCGGCUCGAAUACGCCUUCCUCGGCAGCCAUGCGUCACGCAAUGCUACCUCCCGGUAGUGCCAUGAAGGAGGACACUCCACCAAUGUCUGCCCGUAGAAGAGUAUCCAGUCGUCCUUCCAGUCGCAAUGGAAGUACAAGUCGAGGCAGUGGACAUCGAGCUAGUCCCGAUUUGUCCAAUUGUGCCGGUAGCAAGCUCGGCAGAUUGUUCGGCACUAACAUGUCCCUGAACACCAUGAACACUCAAGCGUCGCCUGGCAGCACAGACAACAGCUUUGAGAAUAGCCAAGAUGGCGAUGCUAGCUAUGAGAAAGAGCAGCCCCCGGCCAAGAGAAGACCCUCAUCGUUGCCCCUGGGCGAAGGUCGGCCCUUCGUUCGACCAGGCUUGCGGACGGCAAUGAUCAAUGGCGUCUUUGCAAACCGGAGAGUGCCUAGUCUACUCAGCACCUUUCAUGAUGAGCCUACGCGCAGGUCUAGCACUGAUGUCGUGGGUCGAUCGCAAUCUCCAGCAGACCAGUCUCAAGAUCGAAGGAGACCUCGCUCUCGUGUCAACAGCAACGAUGGGGCAGAAAAGGAACCAGUGUCCUCUUUCGCUCAGAGCAUCCGGGAGAGGCAAGAAGCCAUGGGUUUGACAAGUGCAGCCUUUGCUACUCAUGCCACCAUCAUCGAGUCUCCCUCUCCAGGUUCUCUGGAACGCCAGGACCUCGGCUCUUACUUUUUCGAUCCCCAGUCACCAGAGGCUCGACAGAUGGCCAAUGCUAGUCUAGAUUUCGCUUCGUUCAGCGAAGCGGCAUCCCCCUCGUCCGGCUUCGGCAUCCCGCGUACUACCAGCGGCAAUCAAGUUGCAUCUGUUCAGGCGAAGAGACCAUCUUUGGGCGUGCCAAAUGGCGGCAGUCCUGCUCGUGCCUUUGUCAAAGCUCACUCCACUGCAGUAGUAUCCACUCGACAGAGCUUCAGCCAGGAGCAGCCCCAAUCUCGCUCGUUAUUAGGAAAGCGUCUGAACCCGCACCACGCCAAUCGACGACCCAGCACCCUCAUUCAAGAGCAGAGGCGAUGUCACAAGAGUGCUCAGGCCGUCUUGGGCGUAGCAGACGCGGCCGGCAGCUCUCGCGACGUCGUCUUCCCUCGCUUGACAGCACCCGCUCCUCGGCGAUGUCAUUCUUCCUUUGAGCCGUUUGCCGCAAGUGGUGGCUUGCUGGAACCCAUGCUCCUAGGAGGAGAAUCUGCUGCCGCUGGAGGUCCCUGUUCCAUGCUUGAUUCCUCCUCUGCCGAGAGCAUCGACAUGAUGGCUAGCAGUGACUCGACGGGCGAUACCCGCUUUCCAGAUGGGUUCGAUGCCAAUGGAUCUCCCAUGGCACCUUCAAUGAAGUCUCGAGCGACUCGUCGACCAACGUUUGCUCGGCAGUCGAGCAAGGAUGACGUCUCGCCCUUGGGCUACGGUAGCCGUCGACAGAGGGAACGUACCGGCCUCAAUGGUCUUCAGGAAGACGUCACCUCCCCGAACAGUGGCGAUGGCAAGAUGAGCUCUCCUUUUAGUAGCUCCGAAGGCAUGCCAGGGUUUGGCGCUUCAGAAAGAAGUGGAAAGGUACUCCCCUGCUUCAACGUCAAGGAGGACGGGCUGAUGCGUAUCACACCUCAGACCUUGGUUUCCCUGAUGCAAGGCCAGUACAAUGAUCAGAUCGAGAGUUAUCAGGUCGUCGAUUGCCGUUUCGGCUACGAGCACCAGGGCGGUCAUAUUCCGGGAGCGAUCAACCUCUCCACCGUAGACCGGGUGAAGAACUACUUCCUCACCAAGAACUGCAAUACUAGUCCUCGCGGCAGGGAACUCCCGCCUCGAUCUCAGAGCGGUAGAGCAGACUGCUUUGGCAAUACGCGCAAGCCCAUUCUCGUCUUCCACUGCGAGUUUAGCGCCAAGAGGGCUCCCUCCAUGGCUCUUGCCCUGCGCCAGGCUGAUCGCUCGCUCGCUUCAGACUACCCGAAUUGCCAUUACCCAGAGCUUUACAUUCUCGAGGGUGGCUACUGUGGCUUCUUCAAGACCUACGAGGAGAUUUGUGAGCCUCAGGCCUAUGUCCGUAUGGACGACCCCGCUCAUGUACAGAUGAGAUCUACUGAGCUGAAUGGUUUCCGCAAACAAUUCUCGAGACAUCGCAGCUUUACCUACGGUGAUGCUCAAGCUGCUGCCAAGCAGGUCAGUGGCAAUGGCAGUGGCAAUGGCAAAGAAGGCAAUGGCAAAGAAGGCAAUGGCAGGCCCAAUUCCUUCUUUGCAAUGGCCAUGGCCGGGCAAAGUGGCAAUCACACCUCCCGCGAGUCUACCCUCGGACUACCGCAGCACAACCUGCACAACCCUAAACGUCGCUCAGCUUUGGGUCAACACGUCGAUGGGCCCAACCAGUCAAUGUGCAGCGAAGAGGAGAGUUCCUUUGAGACUGAUUCGCCCUCGAAUCUGGCCGCUGUGAAGAAGCAGAGCACAGCAUCAGCAGGCGGGUUCCUCCUCCCCGAGUCGGGAAGUACAGGAGAUACGAGCUUCGACUCCAACGAGUCUUUUGAAUUGGGGAAACCACCCGUGCUACUACUCCGUGCAGGCGCAGGCGCAGGUGGAGCUGCUGCUGCUGCUUCUGCGUCGGGGACCGCUGCUGGUGGAAGCGGGAGUGGGAGUGGCAGUCAAGAGAGGAGUCUAGGUGAUUCACCUUGCGCUGCAGCAGGGAGUAGGAGGAGCGGAGCAGGCGCCAUGCUCCUUGGCGUGCCCAAAGCUGCUGGUGUUGGCACUGGUGCUGGUGCUGGUACUGGUGGAGCAGCAGUAGCAGCAGGGACCUUACCUCCUAGACGACCAUUCGUGAGAGCAGGCACUACAGGCGGGCUUUUUGGCAGGUAGAAUACUGCCAGAUUGAACAUCGGCUCUCACAAUUGAAAGGGGUAGAUGAGUGAUGAAGGGACAGCCGAGGUAUAUAUCACGACGAGGGUAGGACGGAUCUUACAUACAUGGGUACCUAUACAACAUUGAGCACCUCAGAGAACGAGAAAAAGAGCACGGAUGCGAUCGUCUCUCCCUCUCCCUCUUCCUUCCCCCCGCUUCUUGCACAUGCUUCCCUCAUCCAUCUUCUCACGCUACCCGUCUAUCCCUCCCUUUCUGCACUUCCUCCCUCUCUCCUGCUCUCUUUCUCCCCCCCUCUCUGUCUCUUGCCCGCGUCUACCACAUCGUCUCAUCUCAUCUCACCUCGUUUUGCUUCGUAUUGUCGCACAGCACAGCAUGCUCCAUCUCUUCUCUUCGACUUCUCGUUUCUUACAUACCCAAAACCUCUCAUUGCAAUGUAAAGCGCUUUCUUCAC